AUGGCUGCUUUUAUAGACUGGCGACGACUGAUAUUCCCCCCGGAAGAAACGGCGACGCCACCACCACCGCCACUACCGGCGCAGACGACGCCGCGCGACUUGCGUCAUGCGCUUUUUUCUCUACCCAGCGCCGAGACGACGAUCACAACGGUCGCAGCCAUUCUUUUGGGGGCUUUCUGGACAGUGCUGGUUCUGUACUGGGUACGGGGUCGGAACAGCAACAGCAGGGAUUCUCCCACCACCACCACACCAGCGAAUCAUACGCCAGAAUAUGAGCAGUUGAAGGAUGCGCUGGCUCAACUCGUUGCGAAGGAGAAGGCCAUCACGGCCAUGAGCCAGCGCAUCGAAGCCAUCGAGAACAAUGUGCAGCAGCGGCUAGACCGGAACACAGGAUCCACCGAAGGCGAUAUGCAGAAGAGCCUGGAUCAGCGGCUCGAAUCGAUCGAAAUAAAACUGCGACAGAGUUUGGAUGAGCGUAGCGAGGCGCUCAAGGACACCAUUCGACAGAAGUCGGACCAGGGGCUCCUGGAUGACAUACAUCGCGCGUUGGACCAGCGCAUCGAGGCGCUGGAGGAAGGGGUCCGCAUCAUCGACGGGAAGCAGCUCGACCAGGAGGCGACACAAAUCCGGGAGCGGAAGAUGACGCUGCGCCUGGAGGCCGUGGAGGAGAGCGUCCGGGUCGUGGACGGGAAGACGAGGGCGUAUAGUCAGCGGAUCGACUCUGUGGACGACAGCGUACGCGUCAUUGACAGCCGGACCAAGGCGCAGAGUCAGCGACUCGAGGCCGUCGAGGAUAGUGUGGGUUCGGUGGACGGGCAGGCGACGCUGUUGUCGCAUGAUGUGAGCCGAGGGGGGUUGGCGAUUGAGAAGCUGCAGAGACAGGUCAAGAUGCUGCCUGACAAUGAUAGGUUGAAGGCCCUGUCGCGGGCGUGGGAGUCCAGGUUCAAGCAGUUGGAGGAUCAGAUUGAGCAAUACCACAUCGCCCUCGAAGAACAACGCGCCGAAAACGUCAUCACGUUGUCAUAUUCCGAAAUCGACACAGUAGAAAUCGAACCAACGGGCCCCCUCUACGUCCAGCCUCCUCCCCCAUGCACCCCCUUCAAGGACUUCCAAGCUGGCUCCAUGCCCCUCACCCCUUCGCCCAGUGCAGGAUCCUUCUCCGGCUCUAGCGUCCGGUCCGUGAGUCCUGCGUCCAAGAUCCCGAGGAGUAUUGAGCAGCGAAGGCUAGAGAUGGCGGGGUUUCAGACGCCAACGUUUUCGUCGAGGCAGAAGUUGUUGACUUCGAGGACGACGAGUUGGUCCAGGUGA